AUGCUUAUACCGCUAUACCGCUAUAGCGAACAUCGACAUGGAGGUGAUAUGGAAUAUCCUAAUAUUACUGGACCGCAUGGCCGAGCAGGAAUACUUCGUGGUAGUGGAGUUGCAUGGCCAAAUGGAAUUGUUCCAUACAUAUUUGCACCAGGAUAUACUUAUGAACAAGAAUUAAUUAUUACUGCUGCAAUGCGAAUGUUAGAAAAUACAGUAGCUGACAAUAACUAUCGUUGUGUACAGUUUCGACCAAGAAAUUUAUCCGAUCCGUAUUAUAUUAUAUUCUAUAAUGGGGAAGGUUGUUCAUCAUACGUUGGACAAAAUCCAGGCAUUGUCUUAAAUCGUACAGUUACAUUGCAAAGUUCUGGUUGUCUCGGUGUUGGAACAAUUAUGCACGAAUUAUUACAUGCAUUAGGUUUUGAACAUGAACAAUCAAGACCCGAUCGUGAUGCCUAUGUUACCAUCAAGUGGGCUAAUAUACAAGCAGGCAUGGAAUAUAAUUUUGAUAAAUAUGAUAAUAAUACAGUGAAUACUUAUGGUACACCGUAUGAUUAUGGAUCAUUAAUGCAUUAUAGUCAGUAUGCAUUUUCUGUAAAUGGUUUGCCGACUAUUGAAUCAAAUCAAGCAAAUGUUACUUUGGGACAGCGGAGUAACUUGAGCGUGUAUGAUGUUCAAGCACUUCGACGCUUUUAUAAUUGUACGGCAAGUGGUACGACACUACCACCAACGACAACACCUGCUCCAUUAAAUAUAUAUGGAGUCAAUGUCACCUAUUCAUCGACAUGGACAACAAGUAGUCGAAAAUUUAUACGUCGUGGACAAACAACGGCAAAUUAUUACUAUGAAACCUAUCAAGUAAAUGUUUCAACAGCUGGUUAUUAUCGAUUCAAAAGUAGUUCUUCUCUUGAUACAUACGGUUACUUGUAUAUAAACAAUUUCCUUCCAUCUUCAACAUCAUUAAAUUUGUUGGGAGAAGAUGAUGAUAAUGGUCUUAAUUCACAGUUUCAAUUCACAUUUUAUCUACAACCAAAUACUGUCUACAUAUUAGUUGCAACAACCUAUUCAGAAGGUAUAACAGGGCCAUAUACAGUAAUUGUAUCUGGAGCAACAAGAGUUACCCUUGUUCCUGUAACCAAUACAUCAACAGUAAUUACUACUACUAUUGCUCCAGUAACAACUAUUACUUCAACCUAUCCACCAAAUGCAAUCAUAACAAGUUAUUCAAGUUUAUUGAACAAUGCCAGUUCAACGUUCACUCGAUCUGGAGGAUCAGGCACAUACUUUUAUGAAGCAAUUAAAGUGAUAGUCAAUGCAACAGGAAAUUACACAGUCCAAAGUAACUGUAGUAUAGAUAGUUAUGGUUAUUUGUAUGUCAAUAGUUUCAAUCCAUCUAAUGUCGCAUUGAAUCUUGUUGCAUCAAAUGAUGAUAGUGGUGGAAAUAACCAAUUUUUAAUAGCAUAUACACUUCAAGCUGGUACAACGUAUAUUCUGAUAUUUACAACAUAUUUGCCUAAUGUAACAACACCAUUCUCUAUUAUGGCAUGGGGCUCAGCAAGAGUUUCUCUUACUCGUUUGAAUAUGGUAUCAUCAACUACUAGUACAACUACUACAACAUCGAUGAUAACUAUUUCUGGACCAAAUGUAAUCAAUAUUACUGGCAUUGUAACAAAUUACUCAAGUUUAUUGAAUACUACCAGCCCCACAUUCACUCGAAAUGGAACUUUGGGCAUAUUUUAUUUUGAAGCAAUUAAAGUGAUAGUCAAUGCAACAGGAAAUUACACAGUCCAAAGUAACUGUAGUAUAGAUAGUUAUGGUUAUUUAUAUCUAAAUAAUUUCAAUUCAACUAAUGUCGCAUUGAAUCUUGUUGCAUCAAAUGAUGAUAGUGGUGGAAAUAACCAAUUUUUAAUAACAUAUACACUUCAAGCUGGUACAACGUAUAUUCUGAUAUUUACAACAUAUUUGCCUAAUGUAACAACACCAUUUUCUAUUAUGGCACGGGGCCCAGCAAGACUUGGACUUCAAUAUAUCAAUAUGAGAAAUGGUUCAGGAUCUAUCACUACGGUCACUUCAACGUCUACAACAAAGUAUUCAACGUUUACAACAACAACUCCUGUUAUAUGCAAUGGAUCUAGCAUUCGGUUGACGUGUCCAGUUCAAGUUGUGACUAAUGGAAUAAUUUUUACUCUCAAUCCCCCGAAUCGAAAUCUCAGUGGUGGAUAUGUUAUACCAAAUAAUACAUUUUUUAAUCUCAAUGAUUCGAGUACAGUAAAUGGUUACGUUCGAACUGUGUCUGUUCGAUAUGUUCAAUCAAGAUUACCAACUGCAUCAACUCGUAUUUGGAUCUAUGGCAUUAUCCCAAUUCUUGGUGGUUAUAUGGCCUGUAGUCAAUAUUUGGUUCCUUUUUCUCAAAUAUCAACAACACAAUUAAAACAAACCUAUAAUAUAACUGCAAACGUAAUCAAUGUUUUUCCCGGAACCUAUAUUGCAGUUGGUAUUCAAGAUGGAUUAACAUCUAUUGCUACAACAUCUGGCACUAUUGCAUUCAGUGUUGGAAGUGCUAAUUUAACAUCAAAUAUUAUCGCGCGUACACCAUUAUAUUUUCGACCUGAUAAUUCAGGAUUUGGUGUCAACGUGAGCUACACCAUAAUGAAAUAG